CACCACCGAAACCCACAAACUGGUGAGCGAGAAAUUCGAGGUUACGAACUUCCCCUCAGCGGAAAUUUCAAUCUCUCGACAACAACGACCUGACUAACCAUCACCACAGCAGUCCUUCAAGAUGGUUAAUCUGACGACCCAGAAGAGGCUCGCCUCGUCCGUGUUGGGCUGCGGCGAGCGCAAGAUCUGGCUUGACCCCAAUGAGGUCAGCGAGAUCAGCAAUGCCAACUCUCGCCAGACAAUCCGCAAGCUCGUUGCCGAUGGCCUCAUCAUCCGCAAACCCGUCACCAUGCACUCGCGGUCGCGCGCCCGUGAGCUGAACCUCGCCCGCCGAAUCGGUCGCCACCGUGGCUUCGGAAAGCGGAAGGGUACUGCCGAUGCCCGUAUGCCCGAGCAGGUUCUGUGGAUGCGCCGUCAACGCGUCCUCCGCCGUUUGUUGGUCAAGUACCGCGCCAGCGGCAAGAUCGACAAGCACCUCUACCACGAGCUGUACCACCUUGCCAAGGGUAACACCUUCAAGCACAAGCGCGGUCUGGUUGAGCACAUCCACAAGGCCAAGGCCGAGAAGGCCCGCGACAGGCAGAUCAAGGAGGAGAUGGACGCCAAGCGUGCCCGCACCAAGGCUGCGCGCGAGCGCAAGCAGGAGAGACAGGCGGCGAAGCGGAGUGCUAUCAUGGGCGAGGGCGAGGAGGAAUCCAAGUAGAUUUCGCUGGUGAUUUGAAUGGCAGACGGACUUCUCGGCGGCCUUGCAUUCGGAGUAAUCGGUUGGGGUCUUUUCUGGUCGCAUUCUCUACCUGUUACAAGCUGCACGUGGACGCCGCUCCAGAUGGUCUAGUCCUCUUUGCAGCGUGUGGCAUAUCACACGUGUGGACAGGAUCGGGGCUUGCAUGUACGGCAUUGAAAACGGAAUCUAUGGGUUUGCCAGGGCAGUGAUAUAUCCUUGAGAGAAUUCAAGAGGUGAUGAACCAAGCAUGAGGUGGUUUCUCGUGACUUGCUCUGAUAAUUAGGUUCUGGCCACGUCCAUGCAACUGCGUCCAACAAUGUUGAUGCU